GAUGCAGGCAGGCAGACACCUGGGCACAAGGGACCAAAGUCCUCAUUUAUGGCCGUGGGGGAGUUAAUGUGUAAUAUGUCUAGGAUAUAAGCUUGACCAUGAGGCGAGACGCUGAGCACAGGCCUCCAGGAGCUGCUGGGAGCUGCUGCCAGGAGCUGUCACCAUGUCGGAGGAUUUUGAGAUUAAGAACAUGGACAUGAAGCCGGGGACAACCCUGAAGAUCAAGGGCAGGAUUGCCGACGGCACCAGCGGCUUUGCGAUUAAUCUGGGCCAGAAGUCAGAUAAGCUGAACCUGCACUUCAACCCUCGCUUCAGUGAAUCCACCAUUGUCUGCAACACAAGAGAUGGCAGCAGCUGGGGACAAGAGCAACGAGAAAAUCACCUGUGCUUCAGCCCGGGGUCAGAGGUCAAGUUAACCAUAACCUUUGAGAGUGACGAAUUCAACGUGAAGCUGCCAGAUGGGCACCAGGUGACCUUUCCCAACAGGCUGGGCCAUAACCACCUGAGCUACCUGAGUGUGAGGGGCGGGUUCAAGGUCUCCUCCUUCAAGUUUGACUGAGUGGGCAGCACCUCAUUGGAAUAAAAGAACCCCAGCCUGGAUCCCCUGUCCUGAGCCGCCUUCUGAGUCACAGCAGGAUCAACAGCUCUUGGGUCCUGGGUCUGUCCACCUACCCUGCUGCAGUUCCUGCCCCUCGGAUCCCAUUUUCUUCCCCCAAGGCCAAGAGCAAACAAAAUAAUCCACUUCUAUCGAGUCCUUCUGUGGCAGGAAACUGGGGUUAGUGCUUCCCAUGUAUUUUAAUGCUCCCGACAUAUUCAUGACACAGAGGAGGAAACUGAGGCACAAGGACACAGGACUGCCUGAGACAUGCUCCCAACAGCUCUGAGGACUUGCUCCUGCCUAUUGGCCCCCUUAUCACCUGGGCAAACGCCAGGCUGGGAUUACAGCAGACACCAGCUCCAGGGGCUGUUCCCGGAACUGCUGAUAAGGGUCCCCACCUGGGCCUCUUAUCUCAGCGGCAUUCCAGCCUGGUUACUUAUUACCUCCCUGGGCUGUGCACCCCCUCCCCUGCUGGGGGCCUUGAGGGGGGUCCGAGGCAUCCCAAACUUCCCAGAGGGGAGGGCAUUUAAGCAGGUGGAGCUGGCACUGUUCUACCAGGUCCCCAAGCAUCUUACAGGACACGUUUUAUUAAAAAAGCCUUUUUUAAUCACG